AUCUAAAGUCAGCCAAGUUUCUCUGAGCUCUCACAAUUUACUUGUCGAGUCAUAAAUCGUCGUCCAAUGUGGCCAGGGCAAUCCGGUUAUCCGACCAGUAACAAUCAGAGUGGUAACACUAGUACCCCACCCCAGUUCCCAAACCCGUAUGUGACCUGUAGUGAAUAGUUGGUUGAGCUGAUAUGAUGAUUGUUCCAGCGGUAGUUAUGCUCCUCCUCCCAAUCCACCUGCAUACAACCCUAUGCAUGCUGCCGCACCAUCGAUUCCCUCGCACGGUUCCCCGGCACCCAGAGGCUUUGGAUUUCCACCGCCAGUAUCAAGAGAUAACCAUCCUGGACAUCACCAUAAUAGUGGUUACCCAGGUCAGUUCACUGGAAAUUAUGCCCCUCCUCAAGGACCUCCCACUCCUUAUGCACCGCCGCCUGGCCCUCCGUCCUCAUCAUACGGUGCACCCCUUGGGCCUCCGGGUAGGCAAGGCCUUCCAUCACAAUACCCUCCACCCCCAGGUCCUCCUAGGAAUUAUCCACCGCCGCCUGGACCUCCUCGUGGCUAUGGCGCACCUCCCCCCAAUACCUUAACAUUCCUCAGGAUGAGCGGUGGCUACGCUUAUACUCCUCCGAGCGGACCCCCACAGAGGCCACCUCAACAACAGCAGUUUUACGGCCCUCAAGGGCAAGGGCCCAAUCAGACGCAGCAAUCCUUUUUCCAAUAUUCUCAAUGUAACGGCAAGAAGAAAGCCUUGUGUAUUGGGAUCAAUUACAUCGGCCAGCAGGAAGAAUUGCGUGGUUGCAUUAAUGAUGCAAACAAUAUAAAGCGUUUCUUGAGUACUCAGUUUGGGUAUAAGGAGGAGGACAUGGUCAUGCUCACUGACGAUGCGAGGGACCCACGCCAAGUUCCUACUCAGCAAAACAUACUGCGCGCAAUGGAAUGGCUCGUUCGCGAUGCCCGUCCCAAUGACUCGCUGUUCUUCCAUUAUUCCGGACACGGAGGACAGACGAAGGACCUCGAUGGCGAUGAAGAAGAUGGAUAUGAUGAAGUCAUCUACCCGGUUGAUUUCAAAGUGAAGGGUCACAUUGUUGAUGACUUAAUGCACGACAUCAUGGUGAAGCGGCUUCCUGCGGGUUGUCGUCUCACCGCUAUCUUUGAUUCUUGCCACUCUGGGUCAGCUCUUGGUAUGAAUGGAUCUUAUUCUACGGAGGGCAAGAUUAAAGAGCCAAACCUUGCCGCGGAGGCUGGCCAAAGCUUAAUGUCCGCUGCAACUUCAUACGCUCGCGGCGAUAUGGGCAGCGUAUUCAGCUCCGUCACGGGAUUUAUCAAGAAUGCAAGUAAUGCGCACAAAGCUGAGACAAUCUCGAAGACUACAAAGACGAGUCCUGCCGACUGCAUUUCCUGGAGUGGUUGCAAGGAUUCACAGACCAGCGCGGACACACAAGAAGCUGGAAGAGCCACAGGCGCUAUGAGCUAUGCUUUCAUCAAGGCACUCAGCGAAAACCCGCAGCAAAGUUAUCAGGAGCUUCUUAAUUCCAUCCGCGUUAUCUUAAGGGCAAAGUACAGUCAGAAACCACAGCUGUCUAGUUCUCACCCAAUGGACACCAACCUACUUUUCAUAGCCUGAAUGAUGUCUGUAUCAUGUACGUUGUAUCAAAUAUGUUUCCUGAAUGUAGUAUCCUUCAUUACGUGGAAAUACAAGAUUAUCCUGUCCAG